AUGGCUGGGAUCAUGUUUGAAAAGGAGACUACAAAGAUAAGUCAAGCCAUAUUUAACAAAGAUAUUGUUGGUUUAAGGGCAGCUUUGAAAGAAAAGGAAGAUCCACAUCAUAAAGACAGGAAAGGAAAUACUUACCUGCACUACAUCUGCACCAUGCAUCGUCCCAUUAUCAUCCACAUUAUUCUAGGAACUGGAAUAGAUGUCAAUGCAAGAAACAGGCAUGGAAACACAGCUCUCCAUGUCACUGCCUUACACCAUGAGUGCUGCCAUGUUGGAGAUCUGUUAUCUGCCGGAAUUGACCCCACAAUCAGAAACAAUGAUGGGAAGACAGCUGCUGAGCUUCACACAAGGAAUAAGUUUUGGAAAAGCAUUUAUGACAAAUAUCAGCCAGGGAUAUUUGAAGCUGUUGCCAGCCAUGACAUUGACAAGGUUUUGUAUCUGCUUCAUUGUUGGUCCAGAGUUGACUCAUGCAGGAAUGGACAAACCCUUCGUCAGUUUGCUGCAUCCCACAAGUUCCAUGACAUUGUAUUUCAUUUAGAUGUACAUAAAUAUACUCUUGGAGCCAUUUACUCAGUUUUAGAAGGAGAUCAAGAGAAAGCAUGGAGCCACAUGUCCAAUGCAAGAUGUGAUAUUAACUUCUUAAACUAUGCUGCAGAUUCAAGUCACAUUCUUCAGUUUGCUAUAAACCGUCAGGACAGCAAAAUUGUAAACAUGAUAUGCAAAUCAAGGGUCAAUGUCAAUGUCAGAGUCACAGUUCAAGGCUUUCUUAAGGCUCCUUUGUUCUUUGCUGCCAUCGAUCCUAAAAUAUCAAAUAACAUCUUAUGGGCAGUACUACAAGCUAGUGUGGACUUUUCCCUCAGAGAUGAGAGAGGCCGAAAUGCUGCUGUUUAUGCUUUGGAUAGAACCAGAGGAAAGAUUCCUGUUGAAGUGAUUGUUCACAUGUUGAAACAUGGACUGGAUGUUUCACAGAGAGAUGGGACUGGUGUGACGCUGCGAGAUGUAGCUAGACUUGCAAGACGAAAGGACAUUGUUGAUGUAAUUGACCAGAUUUUGGUUAGAAUGGUCAGAAAGUCAGACCUGGCAGAGCUGGAGAGACUUGCUGUCAUGGGUUAUGAUAGUAUUAUUAUUGAUUAUAAUUACAGAGAUACUUACAUCUAUGCCAGUGGGAAUGAAUCAGAUGAUGUGCUACAGUUUAUUCAACAGCUGCAGCAGUUUCAUCAUCAAGUUCAGAUGUUUCAUUCUGCCAUCUGCCAUUCAUCUCUAGAUGAUGUGACCCUCACCUUGGCUACCGCAGACAGGCCUGAUCUAUUGCUCAAUGCCAGAGACAAGGGUGGUAGAACUGGUUUACAUUUAUGCAUCCUUCACAGGAGAGCAGACGUGCUGAAGCUGUUACUCUCUCAUCAAAAUCUUGAUAUUACUGCAGUAGAUAAUCUUGGGCGUACUGCGUAUCACUACUCCUGCGCUGUGGAAGAGAGCAACGAGAGGCACAUGUUUGUACAUCUACUAGAGGCUGCUGGGAUUGACACUGAAGCUUUGGACUAUAGAAACCAUAAAGCAUCAAGCAACUGUAACAACUCCACUGCAGCUCAAUGGCUUGAUAAAGAAAGAAAGAUGCACUUUGGGAUGGGGAGACAACUGACAUGUGUGGACAAGUAUGAGCAGCUCUGCCACUUGAUGACACAGAAGCGGAAACAGUUGAAGCAUUUUGAGAAGGCCAUUUGCAAAUUCCCAUAUCCAGUUUCAGGAUUUUCACAUACUCUGUCGCCAGUUCUGUCAGAUUACAGGGACCUAGUGUUUGUGGCCAUGGAUAACGGCAAAGAGGACAUUGCUGUGAGACUGAUACAGCUAGGAGUUGACUGGAGGAGAAAAGAGUUUAUAUUGCCUUAUCCUGACAGUGCAGAUGAAGGUUCUUCAACUUUGAUGUCUGUAGCAGAAUAUGCCGGUCAUUUAGGACUGCAGAAGCUCAUAAUGGCCAUCAAAAUGAAGACAGACUACCAACAGAGUCAACUGAUUUCUAGAAAAAAUAAAAAAAAAUGA